UCUGCACAUUACGUGGCACAGUUAUUCUUCAUCACAAACGGCUCGCCUUCAUUACCCGGUGCGUAUUUAAAACCCGCACCCCAUCCAUUCGUGCCUUAUUUAAAAUCCGACCUCCUCCUCCUUAAACCGACGACGACGACGACGAGAGGGGCCGUUUCUUCUCCUUCCUGUUGGCGAUCAAAUCCUCGGCGUUGGGCGGAUCGGCGGCGCCGGGUCCAGAUCGGGCGGAUGCCGCCGCGGCCGGAGCCGUGCAGCUCGUCGUCGUCGCUGGGGAAGGACAGCGACGAGGGCGGCGCGCCGGCGGGGACGGAGGACGGGGAGGGGGAGGUGCAGAGCGCCUACAGCGGCGUGGGGCUCGACGGCCUCGCCGCAUUGGAGGAGUCGCUUCCCAUCCGGCGUGGCAUUUCUAAAUUCUAUAAUGGCAAGUCCAGAUCUUUCACAUUCCUCAAGGAAGCUAUCGGGCCAUCUGGUUCUGCAAAGGUCAUUGCCAAGGCAGACAAUGCUUACUCCAGGAAACGGAAAAAUCUUCUUGCAUACAGCAUCAUGUACGAUCAGUCACAGAUCACCGUUCCGGAGACCUACAAGAACGGUAUCACUAAGAGGCUUGCGGGUUUAAGCAGGUUGAGGCCCUCGGAUGGUAUGAGCUCCAACAGCAGCAGUAGCAGCAGCCUCAGCAGCGACGAAAACGAGCUGCCUCAGCAGUUCAUUUUUGUUCAGUCACCUGACAACACUGCACAAUUUGCUUCUCCGACGAUACCUGCACCUCGGCUUGGGUCUUGCGCGUCUAAGAUAUUGCCCAUGCCAAUAAGGUCGUUUUCGAUGGUGAAUCUGCAACGUUUGCACAGCCGCUGCUCAUCUGUUUGCCUGGAAAAAGAACCGGAGGCUGAUUAACAAGGAAUUCAAGAGGCAUUUCCAUCUUCUCGUGUGUUUUUUUCUGUGUUUAUCCUGGGGGCUAAUAUACCGCAUCUCUCUUUUGCUAACCUAAGGUUGCAUUGGAGUGUUUGCCUAAAUAAGAGGGAGCAGAUGAAAAAAAGAGGGAGCAUGUAUGGUGACGGUUUUGUGUGUAAAAUAGCUUGUUUGACAAUGUGUAAAUGUAAAUUGACAUAAUCUGCUAAAAUCAAAUGCAGUAAGUCAAAGGCAGAAA